GAACGGGAGAGAAGUUUUGUGCUGAAAAGCGCCAUUUUUAACGCCAAACCUCGAGAGCUGAGCAAAAUUUCCAGGACCACAUUGAUUCUGAUCGAUACGAGGGAAGUACAAGAGCUGAUGGCCCAAAAUUAAAGAAAGACAAAAGAGAAGCCGUCGUUGAGUGGACUUGAACUCACUAAGCACGAUCAUUCCAGCUGCUCUGCCUCCAGUCAGGCACCAAUGGAAGAUCAAAUGGACAAACCCUCCAUUGAGAUGGUGGAAAUUGAACCGCCCGUGCAGCUUGGCGAAGCGCUGGUGACAGCCGAAGACUCUGAAGUGGAUGAUGCUCCUAGUGAGGACGAGGCACCACUAGGCCCAAUGAAACGAAUGGAGUUCAUAUUGCCAUUCGGAAACCGCACCAGCAACGAUGAUUAUGAUGAUGAUGUUGAUGAUGAUUUCAUGACUUCUUCAGACAGCUACUAUGAUAUGGACGACUCAGACAGCUACUAUGAUGAAGACGACUCGAUGUACUCAGAUGACACACUCUACUCGGAUGAAUCAGUCUACCGAUACUCAGGCCGUGGUGGAUAUGGGUUGUUUGGGUUGAGUGACGAAUGGACGCUUAAAAAACUGGCCAGACUCCCUGCUGACGACCUUGAGGGGUAUACAGGAUUUGCAAGUUACAGCCAGUUCAUGGCAUUCUGGCAAUUGAUCGAACCAUCUGUCCACAAAAUGGACCGUGUGUCGAGGGGCCCUCCUCCAAGCCAAGAAGGAGAUUCGUCUGGUCGCUUCAAGAAACAGACCUUGCCGCCUGAAGAGGAGUUAAUACUGUACCUCAUUUUCCUCUCCACGGGCAUGGAGGAACACUCGCUGGCCUACGAUUUCAGCAUCCCCCCCUCCACUGUCCUCACCAUCAUCUCCCUGUGGACCAAGUUCCUCUACACCCUCCUGGGCUCCGGGUCCAUCUGGUUGGACGCCGCGCACGUCCGGGCCCGCCUUCCCGAAGACUACAAGGAGGAUUUUCCCGAUGCGCAGGUGAUCGUGGACACUCUCGAGGUCCGACUCUUCUUUGAAAUUGACGAAAAAGAAGACCCAUUUUCGAGGUCUGCGUUGUUCUGGAGGUUUGCGCACAAGAAGUAUGAGCGCAAGAUGAAGGCCCUGAUUGGCGUAGCGCCUCACGGGCCUGUUACCUUCGUGUCUGAGUUGUGCGAAGGUUCGGUUAGCGACGAGGUGCUUUUCAGGAGGUCGGGGUUAGCUGAUCUUCUGGACGAAGACUCGGCCAUCAUGGUGGCUGACGAAGAGUUAGUCGUCCCUGACUGUGUCAAGUGUAAGGUGUACCAUCCGCCACCGCCAACGAUGCCUUUUUGCAAACCUAGCGAUCACACGAAGAAAAUGAUCCGUUUUUGGAAUAAUGCAAUAGGCGUGCUUCUGAGGGUCAGGGACAGGAAGUUGUUUAGUGGUUCUUUGUCUAACAAAUUUGCUCCAAGCUUUAACGAAAUUUUCACAGUGGCUGCCCUGCUUUGCAAUUACCAAAAUGCACCUCAAGUUGGUCCGUAUACUAGGAAGAGCUGGGAUUAGAGAUUCAAGAUUAUGCUUCAGUCUCAGGAUAACAGAGUUGUAUAAAGUAGGACAGGAGUACUGUUGUGGAUGUAGAUGCAACACUAAUAGUAUGCUAUUAUGUAGUUGAAAUAACAUCUGUAACGACACAUACAAAACAAAUUGUCAUCAUAAGAGAGUUCACAUUAUGGGUCAAUAUUAAGUCAAAAGAGGUUGUCUGUAAAUAAACAUGUGUUCCUGUUUUUCUAAGUUUCUUCUCAACACUCAGGUGUACAAAUACUGUUUGUGUUUGCCAUUGUUUUUUUGUGUGAAAAAAUCUGAAAAGAUUAUACAUUUUUUUCCGUUUAAAUUAAUUCUCAAAAUGCAGAUUCUGAUUUAUAGUUUUCUCAUCAAUACUAAAAAGAUAAUACAUUGUAUAAAGAUUGUAAAUAAAUCUUUUUGAGACACA